AUGACAGAAUCACAAACCCCAUCCCGGGAGACAUCCAAUUCAUCCUCGGCGUCGACGAAGCCGGCCGCGGCCCCGUCCUCGGCCCCAUGGUCUACGCCGUCUUCUACCUCCCAAAACCCUUUCCGACCCCUCCUCCGCGAAACCCACCACUUCGACGACUCCAAGGUCCUCACCCCGUCCUUCCGCGCCGAGCUCAUGUACACCAUCUGCCGCCCCGACACCACCCCGGACUCCCUCCACCACGCCUGCGGCUGGGCCACCAAGGCCCUCUCCGCCCGCGACAUCUCCGCCGCCACCCUCCGCGCCGACGCCACCUACAACCUCAACGCCCAGGCCUUUGACGCCACCGUCGAGCUCAUCCGCGGCGUCCUCGCCCGCGGCGCUAAGCUCCAGCGCCUCUUCCCCAACGCCAAGGUCACCGUCGCCAAAAAGGCCGACAGCCUCUACCCCUGCGUCAGCGCCGCCUCCGUCUGCGCCAAGGUCACCCGCGACGUCGCCCUCGAGGUCGCCUGGGCGGCUCACGUCGCCGCCACCACCACCACCACCACCACCGGUAUGCCGCCAGAGCUGGAGCACCGCCAAGGACAUGCUCGAGGCCAAGUCCCCGUCAAGGUCGACUGGCCCAUGGAUGACGACGGCGAGACUGCCCGCGUCACGGAUUACUUUGGCGCCUCUACGAACGAAGAUGCGGACGAGCUCGCCACGUGGUAUGGCACUCCCGCUGGGCUUGAGGCGUUCUAA